GUUUGCUGCGCUUGUGAUUCCCUCACUACCUUCUGCCUAUCAACAUGGCGGUUCCAGACCAAGCCAGUGUAGGCAAUGCAGCCAGGCCAUCCACCGACACUACCAUGUCACAUGUUGAACCUCCUCAAUUGGCCGAUGAGGAAAUGAAUGUGGCCGACAAAGAGGACACCGCCUCGCCAUCCGAAUCUGACAGUGAGACGGAAAGCCAAAGGCUCAUGGAUGUCGCCUGGGGCCGCCGUGGGAAACUAUACAUGUGGAUAGGUAUCGCCUUAAUCUGGACCAUAUUCGAGCUCGACCAUGCCACCAUAUACAACUACCAGAAUUACGCCGCCUCGGAUUUUGGAGAAGUAGCCCUAUUGGGAGCUUUAACCACAGCAGGGACCAUCAUCAGCGCCGUCUUGAAACCCCCCAUAGCUCGCAUAUCAGAGGUCGCCGGCCGAGCGGAGACUUAUAUCGCUGUAGUCCUCUUCUACAUCGUCUCCUACAUUCUCUGCGCUUCUGCCCAAUCCUUUGCCCAAUAUGCCGGUGGUUAUGUUGCAUACUGCAUUGGUCAAACGGGCAUGCAGAUCCUGAACCAAGUCAUUGUCGCCGACAUCACUUCUUCGAGGUGGCGUGGUCUUGCCAAUGGUCUGGUCAACCUUCCUUUCAUGAUCAUACCCUGGGUCUCUGCAUUCAUUGUCGACAGCGCUCUACUUAACAUUGGUUGGAGGUGGGGCAUUGGCAUGUUUGCGAUCAUUAUGCCUGUCGCUUCGUUGGCCGUCAUUGCACCCCUCUUGUGGUAUCAGAGACGGUUCCAAAGAGCCGGCGGCACAAUCCAUCAAAGUAUUUCCUUUCGAGACUUCUUGACCCAAAUCGACCUGGGCGGUAUGAUCUUACUUUGCGGGGGAUGUGCUUUGCUUUUGCUCCCCAUCGCCCUAGCAGGCAACAACUCCCACGGUUGGAAAGCGCCCUGGAUUCCCGCUCUCAUCACCAUUGGCGUCGUCUCCUUGGCAAUCUUGGUUUAUUACGAAGCACGUAUCGCCGCCAAACCAGUCAUACCUCCACGUUUCGUCAAAAACGUCUCUCUUGUUCUAGCCUUCUUAAUCGGACUUCUCGACGCUUUUGCUUACAGCAUCACUCACACAUACAUGUACGCAUGGGCCACCGUUGUGCACGACUUUUCGGCCCGCAACGCCACUUUUCUCACCUACACUGCUGGCUGUGUCCAGGUCUUGACAGGACUGGCAACGGGCUACGUUAUGUUCCGGACCAAACGGUACAAAUUCUUACUCUUACUGGGAAUUGUCAUUCGACUCAUAGGCUAUGGCUUCAUGAUGAGGCUACGAGGCGCCAAUAACUCUAUCGCCGAGAUUUUUCUGAUGCAAGUAAUUCAGGGGGCCGGAAGUGGAGCUGUUGGAACCGUGGUUAUUGUCGUUGCGCAAGUGGUGGUGCCUAGAGAGGAACUGGCCCAAUCCACGGCUCUGGAGCUUUUAUUCAUCUACAUGGGCAACAGUUUGGGUUCGGCCAUUGCUGGGACAAUCUACACCAGCUUAUUCAAAGGCAGACUCCGCUUUUGGUUAGGCUCUGACGCCCCUCAAUCCGCCAUUGACGAUGUCUAUGACAAGAUCACAGAAGUUCUUCCAGACCCCCGUUCGCCAGAAAGGACUGCAGUCAAUCAUGCAUAUUCGGACAUUCUGAGAUUCAUGACAAUAGGCGCAUUAGUGGCUUCCGCUCUGCCGAUGGUCAUGAUCUGGUUUUUACCCAACUACAAGUUAAGCGACAACCACAACCUGGCCAACGACUUGUCCGACAGUACCCAACCAGCCACCGGCGAAGAUGAUGCUGAGGAGACGACGUUGAAGAAGUGGCAGCGGCACAUCAGAUGGUGAUACAUCUACAGCAAUCGUAUGGUUUCGGAAUCUAGAGGACAUUAUCCUCCGAAGAGGGAGAAGAAGAUGACUGUCACCAGACAUGUUUGGCACAGUAACGACGCAAUGAUCACAAUAGAAUGCAUCUAGGGGUUUUAUCAUAGAUUUACAUCCAAGACAAAUACUUUUCAAAUGG